UCGAUAAAUCCGCUGUCACUCUCAUCACUAGGUUUUUUCUUGUUUUUACAAUAAAAAAUAAUAAAACCCGCUAAAAUGGAAAUCGUAGGAUCUGCAGCAGAUGCAGCCUCUAUGUUUGCUGAUGGGGAACGCGUGCUGUGUUUCCACGGCCCGCUAAUUUACGAAGCCAAGGUUCUCAAAACAAAACCUGAUGCGACGCCGGUUGAAUACUACAUCCACUAUGCUGGCUGGAGCAAAAACUGGGACGAAUGGGUGCCCGAGAGCCGUGUGCUGAAAUACAAUGAUGACAAUGUACAGCGACAAAAGGAACAGGCGCGGUUAUGCGGCGAGCGCUCGAAGAAGGACAACAAGAAGGGCAGCGCCAAGGCCAAAAAAAUGGAACAAGUGGGAAACGAUUCCCGAGCUUCUACACCCUCCAAGGAGGGAAAUACAUCUCUGCCGUUGGUGGUCAGUACGCCCACUUCUAGCAUGGGACCAAUGUCAAAAUCGGAUAGUGGCAGCAACAGCAGCAUAACCCCCAAUAGCAUUAGCGCAAAUACCUCAACCAGUCGUGCCAAUCGCAAGUCAACACAUAGUGCAAUAGUGUCGGCACGUCCCGGCACUCCAAACGAAAAGAAGGAAGAUGCAUCAUCAGCGGAGAUCACAGAGGAAGACGGUGCCGCAGCGGUGCCACCCAAAAAGAAAAGGAUCAGCGAACAGCGUCCAUCGUUGAGCGGCAGUGAUACGACAGCAUCUGCGGAGAAGCAGGGAACACCAGCAGCUCCAACUCCGACGCCAACUACACCCACGCCGCCAUCGGAGCCGGCACCGUGUGUCGAAAGCGAAGAGAGCUUUACCAACAAGUUGGAAGUUAAAAUCAAAAUACCUGAUGAGCUGAAGCAUUACCUGACCGACGACUGGUAUGCGGUGGUGCGCGAGCACAAGCUGCUGGAGCUGCCCGCUAAGGUGACGAUCCAGGAGAUCGCUGAACAGUAUUUGGCAUACAAGAAGUCCGUUAAGUCGACCAGUGCCAGCAAGGAGGUGGCCAUCAACGAUGUACUCGAGGGCAUUGUGGAGUACUUCAAUGUCAUGCUGGGCUCCCAGCUGCUGUACAAAUUUGAGCGUACACAGUACGCAGAUGUGAUGCAAAAGCAUCCGGAAACCCCAUUGUCUGAUCUCUAUGGUUCCUUUCACUUGCUGCGCCUCUUUGUGCGACUGGGCUCGAUGCUGACAUACUCGGCGCUGGAUCAGCAGGCCAUGCAGAACCUCAUCGUGCAUCUGCAGGAUUUUCUCAAGUUUCUAGUGAAGAACAGCGCUCUAUACUUCAGCAUGAACAACUUUGUAAACGUUGACCCCGAGUAUGUGCGCAAUGCACAGUAAACUGUUGUCCCCCAGAAUGCUUGAUACUCUUUGACUUGAUGGAAGAAUUGUAAAUGAAUAUUUCAUCCAAAUAGUUUGUAAUAGUUUGAGAAUUGCUCUCCACAACUGGUUUGUAAAAUAAUAAAAAAAAAGAAAACAGAGUUUUGUAAU